UCCCCUCCGUCCCUUUCGCGGCCGCGCGUGCCUUGGUCUGUCUGCGCCUAGCCUCGGGGGAGAGAAACCAUGGCGUCCAAUGAAGGGGACGGCAGCGCCGGCAACGGGUCGAUGGAAGAGAAGGAGAAUGGCAAGAAGGUGCUUCGGCCUCGCAGCGCCGUGACCACAGCCUGGCUGAUCUUCUACAACAUCACCAUGACGGCCGGGUGGCUUGUACUGGCUAUUGCCAUGGCCCGGUUCUAUAUGGACAAAGGAACAUACAAAGGCUUAUAUAAAAGCAUUCAAAAGACACUUAAAUUUUUCCAGACUUUUGCUUUGCUUGAGAUAAUCCACUGUGCGGUUGGAGUAGUGCACACUUCUAUGCUUGUGACAGGGGUCCAAGUGAGUUCCAGAAUCUUCAUGGUGUGGUUUGUUACACAUAGUAUAAAGCAGAUCCAGAAUGAGGAGAGUGUUAUUCUUUUUCUGGUUAUAUGGACUGUGACUGAGAUUAGUCGAUAUUCCUUCUACACAUUCAAUAUGCUCAACCAUUUGCCAUACUUCAUAAAAUGGGCCAGAUACAAUUUUUUCAUCAUCUUAUAUCCAGUAGGAGUUGUUGGUGAACUUCUAACGAUUUAUGCAGCAUUACCCUAUGUGAAGAGAUCAGGCAUGUUUUCUGUGAGGCUUCCCAACAAAUAUAAUGUGUCUUUUGACUACUACUAUUUUUUGCUCAUCAUCAUGGCCUCAUAUAUACCAUUGUUUCCACAAUUGUAUUUUCACAUGCUACGUCAAAGAAGAAAAGUGCUUCAUGGUGAAGUGAUUGUAGAAAAGGACGAUUAAAACAAACUUUGUAAUCAUGGUGCUUUUUCAGAGUAACAAUCAAAUCUUUCAUGUUACCAAGUCCAACUUGGAAAUUAUGGGACAAAAUAAAAUCAAUAUAGAUCAUGAUGUUUUGUAACAUAUGUGCUCCCAAGGGCCUAUAUGAAAUUUUAGUCUUAUUUUUCAAGCUGUUUAACAUGCUUUUGGUCUCAUAUCUCAGCAGAAGUUGAGUAAGAUGAAAUUCCCAUUCAUCAUUUUAAAUCAUACUUGAUUACUGAAUUGAGAUUAUUGCACCUAGCCUAUUUGGCUAAGCUUACUUAGGAAAUGCAAGUCGUGAUUGUGCUCACAAAAUCUUUUUACCUGUCCUUGAAGGUAAAGGCAGCUUUAAGUCAAGGUCAACUAAUAGUGACAACCUGGAACAAAACUAUGUAGUCUUCUUGGCAAUACUAUGGAAACAGCUUGGCAUUGGCUUUCUCAGGAUGUUUUUAUCUCCCAAGGCAGGGCUACAACCUUGCUGUUUUCCUUGGUGAUUAUACACCCACAUGCUAACAAGGCAUAAGCUUACUUAGCUUUUGAACCUGGGCAGAUGUUUCCAGCUACUGAGUGGCAUUUGGAAGUAGCUGGAUGUUUGUGACAGCUUCUUUCUAUGUUAUAAGAUGCUGCUUAAAAAGGCCCCUAAGUAAUGAAAAUGGUUUUCUUUUCUUUGUUAAUAACAUUGCACUCAUAAUUUUUUUGUUUCAUGCUUAGAGUUUUUUAACCAAUCUUAAACUCAACAUUCAUUAGAAUUAUUUGCAUUGAAUAUGCAUGAUUUUUAAAAAGCAUCACCCUGUAAUAAUUACAACAGUAUAAAUAAAUACUAGAAAUUAAAAAUAAACAAAAUAGAAAUAGAAAUACAUAAUAGAAAUUGGUCUUAAAUAUAAAAUAAUUCAUAACUGGAAGUAGCUAACAAGCAGAUAAAUGUAAUAUCUCUGCAAUCCAAACCUACUAAACUCCAGAAUAAUUUUAAAAAGGAACAUUUAAGCACACAAGUAAUUUUUAAAUGACUGUCAAAAAAGUAGUUUUGUAUAAAAAAAAUUGGAUACAAAAAUGUAUGAAAAUAUUUUAUCCACUAGUUAUGGUAGGAAAAACCAUGGUAAACUCUGUCAAUUUUUGGUUUAGCUUGGUGAUGUUUAGUGGUUUUUAAUUAUUUUAACCCUUCUGGUUAAAGAGCAGAACAGAGAUUAAAGUUGCAGAGCAGCAUUCAAGGAAACAAACAAGGGCUGGGUAAAAUUUUGGUUUUAAUCCCAUAUAAAUAUCUUGGAGCACAUGGGAGUGUGACUGCCACAGCUGUCUGCAACUCUUUUAAAGUAGCCAUAUCUUUCUCCAGAUCUUGUUGCAGAUAACACCACAUCUGGUUCUAUGCUAGGACCAAAUGUACAUUUUAAAGAGUUGCAAACAAGCUGCCAUUUCCAUAUGUUUCAGAAUUUAUUUUUCACAAUUAUUUGUGAAACACUGCCCUAACAAUUAGCUCCAGGUGCUCAUGAAGUCUUAGAAUUUAUAUUUUGUAGAGAAAAAACGUUAUUUGGUCAAAUAGAUUAAAAAAUCUGCUAAUGGGAAAGUUGCUGAUAGGAAAUAAAAAUCUAACUUUCCCCUCCAAAAUAAUGUGAUGUAAGGUAUCUAACUUUUUGAAGUCUUAUCAUUAUAAUUUGAAUAAAAUAGUAAGCUUGAAAAAUGAGGUACUGUAAGAAAUAAUGCUUAUAAUUUUAGAUCAAUCUGAAAUCUGACUCCAAAGAUAUUCAAAGCAGAAGUAAGCAAUUUUUUGACAUCCAAAAGUUGCAUUUUUUAAAUUUAUUUUUUUCAGUAAUUAAUAAUGAUAAAGAGUGGAUAACAAGAGAAUAUAUAAAAUAAAUGUAGCUGAUAAUAUUUUGCCUAUUCAUUAUCGGGGGGAUAGUGCUAAGAAUUCCUAAUCAGAUCCAUAACCUUUUUAUUUUAAAAACAAAUUAUUGCUUUUCAGGCUUCCUCUGGAGUUUAGAAGUAUGAUCUGCAGAACUCUAUGGGCUAUAAAAAUAGGGGGAGGAGACACUUCCAUUUGGGGCUCGUGGGAUUAGGGACUUUUGCUACACGGGCAAUUACUGGCUAAAUCUAAAUGAUGCUCUUAACUCUUUGGGUCAAAUCCUUAUGUGAUUUUAAGGAAAACUGCAUUUAAAAAUUGUUUUCUCUGCUCAGAUAUUGUGUUUAAUUGAAAUUUGUUUCUACAAUAAGAUGAUGAAAGGUGCUCUGUUUAUCUCAUGCUGUAAAAAUCUUUAAGAUAAAGUACCACGAAAAGCCUUCGGUCAUACUUGUAUGUAAAGAUUUCAAGAGGAAUCAAUUGUAUCUUUGCAAUAAUUGCUUGUCUUCUUUUAACCAUUUCAUCUGUUUCACACAAAAUAUACUGGCAGCUGUUUGAAACAGAUUUCUGAAUUAGUACAGAGAUUUCUGAAUUAGUACAGAGAAGAGCAAUAUGAAAAAAAAAGUUUGUUAAUGACUGAUAUCUUUCUUUUCUUCAAUGUUUUAACACUUCUUACAUAUAUCUUCUUCAUGCUGUUAAUUCUUUCUGGUCUAACUUGGAAUUGCUCCAGGUGCUUUUGGAUAUAAAUAUUUGGUUCUAAUGUAUGCUGUCAUUAAACUGGGGAUGUCAUUCACUAAACAAAUAACUAUUAUAAGGUGUUUUUUAUCAUUUUGUACAUCCCAUUAAAUAAUACCAUUUUUGAUUCUCAACACAUAACAGUACUUGGAGUGAAUUUCUGGACAUAAUUUAAGAACAAAAAUAUUUUAUUCUGGAAACUGCUUUUCCAAUAAAUCAUUAAAUCCACAUCCCUAUGUUUUAAUGAUUUUGCUAUUCCCAGUUCCCAGAAACACAGACAUUGGAUUGUUACUUGUUUUAUAGGACUAAGAUUUAGUGUUGAGUCACACAUAACACUAAGUAAAGCAGGUUGAAUUCACUUAUCAUGGCAAGCUGAAAACAGAAUUCACAUAACUAUGUGUAAUUCAGCCACAGUCAAAGGAUAGACUGAUAAUUGAAUAGAGGGUGAUUUUCAAACGUGGCAACUUUAAGAUGCAUGGACUUCAACCCCCAGAAUUCUCCAGCAUUCUGAAUGGAGAAUUUUGGGAAAUUUAAGUCCAUACAUUUUAAAAUUUCAAGUUGAGAAACCCUGGAAGUUAGACUCAUGUUUGUUACUAAGGCAUUUAAAAAGAUGAAAUUUCUGAUGUAGCUUUUCUUUUUCCUUCAGCCUGACAGUUAUGUUGGAGCUUUAAGAAUAAAAUGCCUUUUGCCCAAGUUUCCUAAUCUUUUACAGUAACUCAUCAGUUUCAUCUUAUAUUGACUAUAAUUCACAUUGAAAAUUUUAAAGGUGUUCUAUAUGAUGCUGAGCUCCUGACGUUUUAUUCUUUAAGUCAUUUUUAAAGAGGAACAGAAAAUCUGUAGUCAGAGCCCUUUUCUGCAAUUUUGGCUGCUGGGCUUGCAAUUGCAGCAUUUAUUACUGCCAUGUCUGAGAAAAAUGGGACUCUCAGGCUUGUUUUGAAAAUGGAGUCAAGCUACUGUUUUCAAUACCACAGUUGUUCAUAAUUGAAUUUCACAGUUACAGUUGUGGAUGCUUAAUUGUUGCCAUCCUAUAAGGUAUUUUUGGAUUUGCAAAACAUUCGAAUGCCUUUAAUGUGUGUCUAUAAUACACAUGGCUGUAUGCAUAUUUUUUCUUACACUUUUACAAAUUUUCAAUAGCCUUCUAAAUAAAUCUAUCCUGACUUACUCUUUUCAUACAGAAA